AUGGAGAGCUGAAUUUUCUGGCUUAUUGGAGGAAUCCUUCUAGGACUUGCUGUUCUAUUUCUCACUAGAGACAAAAAGGAACCUGUAUUCCUAGAAGGGGCUAAAAAUUGGAAGCAAGUCACCCUUGUAGAGGCCAAACAGAUUUCCCCAGACUCAAAAAUUUUUGUUUUCAGCUUUGGAGAUCCAAAUCUGAAGUUAGGCCUGCCAUUAGGACAGCACGUUAUUUUCAGAGCCAAUAUCCCAACAGCUGAGCACCCAGAAGGCGAAAUCGUAACACGUAAGUACACUCCAACUUCUAAAAUAGACCAAAGAGGCAUCAUUGAGCUGCCAAUCAAAAUUUACUAUAAAAAUGUUCAUCCAAAGUUCCCUGAAGGAGGCAAAAUGACUCAGUAUUUAGACAGUCUUAAAAACGGAGAUAAAUUAGAAAUUUCUGGACCCAAAGGGAGACUGACUUAUUUAGGAAACGGAAAUGUAGAUAUUGAAGGAGCAAAAUUCAAAGUAAAACACUUUGGUUUUAUUGCAGGAGGAACUGGGAUUACGCCUUGUUUCCAGUUAAUACAGAACAUUAUUGAUAAUAAUGAAGAUAUCACUUUAUCUUUGGUAUACGGAAACCGCACAGAAAUUGACAUUCUGCUCAGAGAGAAACUAGAAGAAUUUGUAAACCACGGAAAAUUAGUAGUUUACUACACCCUUGAUAUUCCUGCUGAUGGCUGGAAAUAUGGAAAAGGGUUCAUAAAUGAAGAAAUGCUUAAAAAAUAUAUGCCGCCUGCUUCAAAAGAUACAAUUAUAUGCCAUUGUGGACCUAGCCAAAUGAAUAGAAUGGUAAGAGAACAACUCAAAGGAUUAGGAUUUUCUGAAGAGCAAAUCUUUAAGUUCUAA